AUGGAAAUCCCCGAAUCACCACCAGCAAAUUCCUCUACCACCACCGCUCUCGCCGAUCUGGUGGAAGAUCCGCUCUCCAACCCAUAUUCCUCUCUCAAUUCCCACUGCCACGAGUUAUCCAUCCUCCAAGACCUGGCCUGUCGCGGCUCAUGGCGCACUAUCCUCGACAAAGUUGCACGCGCUCGAUCCCUUUCGCUCCUCAACAAGCCCCAUGAACACCUAAUAUACCUUACCUUCAACCUCCUUGCUCUCAUCAAACUCCGCCGCUUCUCCGAUGCCCAUCAAGAACUCCAAAACCUAGACGAUGAUCUGGACUCCAAGCAGUAUUUACUCGAAUCCUAUCCUCAACAAUAUCCAAAUCAGCACCCGGGAUCCAUGGUUCCUUUUGCGCUCCGUUGGCUUCAAGCCCACUUGCCGCUUACCCUCGGGAACAGACAAUUAUCCCUCGACCGCCUUUACUCUCUCCUGCAUUUCAUCCGGGAUAAGAAAUUAAAACCCGUAUCCCGAGCCAUUGAUGAGCGUGAUAAUAGGGGUGUUAGUGAUAGUAAUGUUUCGCAGGAGAUCUGGAAAAAGCGUGAGGGAUUGGUAAUCAAUACGAUUAUAAGUUAUCAUUUGAGCCAGAAGGAGUUUAAGGUGUGCUUGGAUUUGUUGAGGGCGGAGAUAGGCGAGAAAGAGGAUCCCGUGUUGGUGUCUAAGUUGGGUUGUGUGCAAAUGCAGUACGGCGAUUUGGAAGGGGCGAAAAUGAGUUUUGAUGCAGUAGAAAAAAUGGCGGCUGGGCGUGAGAGUGGUGAUGUGAGCUUUAAGAAUUUGGUUAGUAGGAAUAAGGCGAUGAUUUACUUGGUGGGGAAGGAUUAUGUGUCGGCGGUGAGGGAGUAUGAGGAGUGUAUAGAGAGGGAUGGAUCAGAUGUUGUGGCAAUUAAUAACAAAGCUCUUUGUUUGAUGUACUUGAGGGACUUAUCGGAUUCGAUUAAGGUAUUGGAGAGUGCAUUGGAGAGAAUUCCGACAAUGGCACUGAAUGAGACACUUGUGGUGAAUUUGUGUAGUAUGUAUGAGUUGGCUUAUGUGAAUCAUGCAGACGUAAAGAAGACACUUAGUAAUUGGAUUGCAAGAGUGGCUCCUGAUGAUUUUGAUACUUCUUGUACCCGGAUAUAA